CGAAUCUCGAAUCCGCAGAACAGAAGCUUUUCCAAGACUCUGCUUUUUUGUUUCGGUGAAUCCGCGGCUGCUUAGUUCACAUGGGUUUUGUGAACUUUGCGAUUGACCUUGCGGCGGUGCUCAAUGCCUCUCGGUCUGUCGCAUCAAAGCAUGUCGCUCUUCGCGGCCGGCAGCUCGACGUCUAUAGCAGGACGUCCAGCGUUGCGUCUGUGUUGAGGAGUAAGGCUGCUGGUCCAGUACAAACGGAAACUCCGGAGCAAAAGGAGCCGACUGAUGGAGGUGAAGCUGUGGGAAAGGAGGCUGUGGAUGUUGAGGAUGUUGGCGAGAAGAGCUCCGAGUCUGCGGCUUCAUCUGCGCCGGUUUCCGAGGCGCCAAAGCCGGGAGACUUUAAGCUCCACGAGCAGCCAAUCUUCAAAACUUCAAUAUCCGGAAAUGAUUCCGUACGACAAACAAUAGAGAAUGCGUCUGCGAAUAUCUCCCCGGCUCAGAACCAGGACCAGAUCAAGGAGGAGUUGGACGUACCUCAGGGGAUUGACGUCAACAUCUUUCACACUGCGCGAGGCUCUCAGAUUCUUGACUCAUUACGCAAGCAACGUGGAAAGCCAGAUAGCCGUAAAGAGGCUGCUAGUAGUGCUGCGAAGGAGCAUCCUCUACGAUACUGGCCGCGACCACCUCCUGUUAUGGAGGAUGUCACUCCUUCAAUUGCUGCUGAGGUUGAGACCAGGAUUGUUGACGCUGUAGAUGAAAAAGCUCAGCAGGAUGUACAGCAAUCAGAGUCUAUAGAAACCACAACACCGGAGUCAACAAGUACACCGCCACCGGAACCUCAGGUUGUACCAGAGGCUAUUACAGAAACUGCGCCAGAGACUGCACCAGAAGAUAUUACAAAGGCUCCACCAGAGCCUGUGCAGGAAAAUACACCAGAAACUUCACCAGAGACUUCAUCAAGCCCUCUUACAAUCGCAGAAGAACCUCCGUCUAGCACGAAAAAGGUAGAUGAAGAAAUAGUCGAAGCUGUGAAAGCAGCGGCCAUCCCCGAAGCACCGCCCGUGAAUAUACCUACCUAUCAGCUUCGAGAAUCCAAAGUACCCGCUACCCGAUUCAGUCGUAUCCUCAACUAUGGCGGUCUAGCUGCUGGACUGUUCGGCGGAGCUGUGACGGAGAGCGUAAGCAGAGCCUUUGGAGGUGGUGGUGAAGGGUCUGUAUUACUCAGUGGGGGUAACAUGGAGAGAUUGGUAACAAAGCUCUCUCAAAUGAGAGGUGCUGCUCUGAAGCUGGGACAAAUGAUGAGCUUUCAGGACUCAAAAACAAUGCCAGCCCCUCUUCAGGAGGUGCUCCAGCGGGUUCAAGACCGAGCUGACUACAUGCCGGCGUGGCAGCGGGACCGUGUUUUGAUCAGCAAUCUUGGAUCUGACUGGCGAGACCUGUUCAGCGAGUUUGAAGAGAAGCCCAUUGCGGCUGCCUCGAUCGGCCAGGUUCACAGAGCCGUGCUCAAGUCAAACGGCAAGCGAGUAGCCGUCAAGAUCCAAUUCCCUGGCGUGGCCGAUUCCAUCAACUCUGAUCUGGACAAUCUCGGCAUCUUGCUCACGGCCACAAAGCUGCUUCCCAAGGGCCUCUACCUGAACAAGACGAUUGACAACGCCAGACUGGAACUCGGUUGGGAAUGUGAUUACACUCGCGAGGCAGAGUGUGCGAAGCGGUACAAGGAACUGCUCCAGGGUGAGGAAGGCGUUUUCGAAGCGCCAAAUGUCCAUCUGGAGGCAUCUGGCAAGCAAGUCUUGACCAUGGACUUUCUCGACGGCAUUGGUGUCACUCGCGUCACGUCGUUUACGCAGGAGCAGCGCGAUUGGAUCGGCACGCAGAUCCUGCGGCUGUGCCUGAGGGAGAUUACAGAGUUCAAGUUUAUGCAGACAGACCCCAACUGGACAAACUUCCUCUACAACGCCGGCACCAACAAGCUAGAGCUUCUCGACUUUGGCGCCUCGCGAGAGUUCCCCGAGGAGUUUAUUUCGCAGUACGUGCAGCUCCUCGAGUGCGCAUCCCGGUCCGAUCGAGCAGGCGUAAAGAAGUUCUCCGAAGGCCUAGGAUACCUGACAGGCCACGAGAGCAGGACGAUGCUUGACGCACACAUCCAAUCAGUCCUCACUCUAGCAGAGCCAUUCCUAGAAUCAGCCCCCGAGGUCUACGACUUCAAGGACCAGACCAUUACCGAGCGAGUCAGGGCGCUCAUCCCAGUCAUGCUAAACGAACGGUUGGCGCCGCCGCCCGAGGAAACGUACAGCUUGCACCGGAAGCUGAGCGGCGCGUUUCUGCUGUGCGCGAGGCUGGAGAGCAAAGUCCGGUGCCGCGAGCUGUUUGCCAACAGCGUGGCCAAGUCGGGCUAUGUUGAGCGCUCGUGAGAGCUUCGGUCGAUGGGUGUUGUUGUAAUACUAGCGGGACCUAUAUCAGCUGUAACAUUAGUAAAAAGUUUUGUUAGAGAGAUGGCAUAUAGAACUUUUUUUUUCUCUUACUGUUGGAAGAGAUUGAGUGGAGAAGAAGGCAAUCUUUUGUUUGAUUUUGUAUAUUGAUAUGAGCAUACAAUGGCCUUUUCUCACAACAACUUGGCUGCCACACUCCAUUCGAAAUAGAGCCAUCAAGUCCAACGAGAGGUCGCAAGACGACUUGAAUGAAAGCCAGGGAAUUCAAUUAAAAGUAAUACAGUCUUCUCUGCUAACCAAUACCAAUCUG